GGAUCAAAAUAAGUGGCUCUGAGCCAAGGAAGAGAGGACAGGAGGAGCUAGAGCUGGUUAUUUUUUAUAAAGUCAACUGCAACAUCUGGCGCAAAACGCAAGCUGAAUUUGGACAUAAGCUCCGAAUCUCCUCCUCUCGGACCUUUUCCCUCAAGAAACGUCCAAUAAUUCGAUUAUUCCUCAUCUAAACGAGAGAAGAAUGCACAGAUAGGGGAAACUGCUGGUUUAUGCUAGGUUUUUUUCGCAUAAAGGUAGUUGCAGCCUUUUUUCCUUUCCUACAAAUAAUGUUUUGACAAAAAGCAAAGACGAAGCUGCGUAAAGUCUUACAGGAACGUGUACCAGCGUCAGAUAGGCCUGCUUGUGUGUGUGUGUGUGUGUGUUUUGUGUGUGUGUGUGUGUGUGUGAGACGUGAUGAUCCCAGAGCUGAGAUCGGUGGUCCGGCUGCUGCUGCUGGCGGUGGUAUGGGAGCUGAGAGCGCACGGAGCCACGCAGAGACAAGUCAACCCGGCGUCGUGGCUUCAACAGUAUGGUUACCUGCCCCCGGGGGACUUGAGGACCCACACCCUCCGCUCACCUCACUCUCUCUCCUCAGCCAUCGCCACUAUGCAGAGGUUCUACGGCCUCACUGUGACCGGUUCCUUUGAUGAUAAAACCGUUGAGGCCAUGGCUCGACCCCGCUGUGGCGUGCCAGAUAAGUUCGGAGCUGAACUGAAGAGCAACCUGAGGAAGAAGCGUUACGCUACGCAUAACCUGAAAUGGCAAAAGAAUGAAGUCACUUUCUCCAUACAGAACUACACCCCGAAGGUGGGUGAGCACGAGACCCACGAAGCCAUUAGGAAGGCCUUCAGGGUGUGGGAGGGCGUCACCCCCCUCCGCUUCAGGGAAAUUCCCUACAGCUACAUACGGGACAAGGUGGAGGAGUUUGCCGACAUCAUGAUCUUCUUCGCAGAAGGUUUCCAUGGUGACAGCAGCCCAUUUGACGGCGAGGGGGGCUUCCUGGCACACGCUUAUUUUCCUGGCAGUGGCAUCGGCGGAGACACCCACUUUGAUGCAGCCGAGCCGUGGACUACCGGGAACCAGGACCUGCAUGGUAAUGAUGUCUUCCUUGUUGCGGUUCACGAACUGGGUCAUGCUUUGGGUCUGGAGCACUCAAACGACCCGUCAGCCAUCAUGGCUCCCUUCUACCAGUGGAUGGAUACAGAGAACUUCCAGCUUCCUGACGAUGACCGUAGAGGCAUACAGCAAAUCUAUGGGUCUGGAUCAGACCUUGCACCCCCUCCUCUAACACCACACACACCUGAACACAAGCCCCAGCCCACUUAUGCACCAGACAAGCCCCACUUUGGUCCUGACAUCUGCGAUGGACACUUUGACACAAUCGGCAUCUUCAGAGGAGAAAUGUUUGUGUUCAAGGAUAAAUGGUUCUGGCGAGUGCGUAACAGACGUGUGCUGGAUGGAUACCCCAUGCCGAUUGGCCACUUUUGGAGGGGUCUGCCAACUGAUAUCAAUGCUGCAUUUGAAAGGGAAGAUGGGAAAUUUGCUUUUUUUAAAGGAGACAGGUACUGGGUCUUCAGUGAAUCCAUUCUAGAGUCCGGUUACCCCAAGAACCUUAAAGAAAUGGGCACCGGAGUCCCCAAAGACCGGAUAGACGCUGCUCUCUACUACACGCCCAACGGAAAGACAUUUUUCUUCCGAGCUAAUAAAUAUUAUCGUUUCAAUGAAGAAAUGCAGCGAGUUGAUGAUGAUUACCCAAAAUCCAUCAGUAUGUGGCAGGGUGUGCCUGACAACAUCAAGGCUGCCUUUAUGAGCAAAGACCAGGCCUAUACCUACUUCUACAAAGCCAAUAAGUACUGGAAGUACGACAACCAGAGGAUGCGGGUGGAGCCUGGAUACCCAAAGUCCGCCCUGCGUGACUGGAUGGGCUGCUCUAACGAAGAUCCCAAGACGGACGGAGGAAGAGGCGGGGCUGGACAUGACAAAGACAAGGAGAGAGAAAAGGAAAAGGAGCGGGAAGAUAAUGACAGAACGACGUAUGAAGAAGGGGACACGGCUGAGGAGACAAAGACGGAAGAUGUGGAUGUGACCAUUGUUGAGACAAGUAACGAGAGUGGAGCAGUUGCUGUGGUUGUGCCGAUGUUUCUCCUAGUGUGCGUGAUUGCCACGUUGGCAGCUCUGGUGUUUUUCCGUCUGUACGGUACCCCACGCCGAAUCCUCUACUUCCAAAGAUCGCUACUAGACAAGGUGUAGGUAGAGGAGAGGGGUCGGAGGAAGAGGAAAGAUGAAAAAGAGAAAAAGAGGGAAAUGAUAAAGACAGAUAGACAAGCAGAAGUGUGAGACUGUCACUUUAAUAUCCUCACCGUUGUUUGAUCAUUUAACUUUUGUUUCUCAACCACUCAGUCCUUCAGAUUCUUCCCUUUGUCUCUGCUCCUGCUCCGCUCCGGCGGUAACCGACGCCAGCUCAUUGCUGUUUGUUUUAGCCCUUUUCAGUGUCUCAUUGCUUCAGUUGUUGAUGGUGGUCAGCGUUUGUGUGCUUGUGAAUUUCCAAAUCAAACCAGCAUUUCCACAAUGCAGAUCCAUGCACAUUUUUUGGGGGGGUGUGAGCAAUUGAUGUGUCCAUUACCCCACCCCCACCCUGUCCUCCCCCCUUGAUAAGUUGCACAUACUCACACAAACACACACUCUUGAAAACCGCAGUGACACAGUUGCAGUGUUUCCAGUAAAGCAGCGAGUCAGCCAUGCUCGCGUCUUUACGGAGCGUGAUUCACGCGUAUCAGAGAAAAACAAUAAACACACCUGCUAUUCCCUCUUUUUUGUACCUGUCUGUCUGCUCUGGUCGUUGCUAUGAAUGAUGUCGUUAACAUUAUGACUAUUAUUGUUGUUCUCAGAGUAAAGAAUGUUUUUGUACAUUGCCUUUAAAAAGUCCUGCUGGACAGAGACAUAAACAUUUUGAAAAUGGCCUUAAUUUUAUACGUGUGGGGACAGUGAAUGGGGAAAGGGGUUAUGUAUUUUUGAAACUUGAUUGUUUUUUAUACCUUGAAUCACUUUCAAAUUAAAAUAAAUCUACGAUCUUUAAAAAAAGGCUCCUUUUGUACUUAUUUUUGUACUUGAAGCGUUUUGAAUGACGGUGCUGCCUUGUUAGUCAGGCCCUCUGAGUAGUUUAACAACAAUAAUACAAGUGAUGAUGAUGACGACGAUAAUAACCAUCUGGUCUUCUCGGUAAAACUGUGUGUAAUUCCCUUUUCCUCUAAGUUCUUACAACAAUAAAGUCAUUUGAAAAGGU